AUGGAUGCAGACGACGAGAUUUACGCAAAUGGCGGCGAGAGUACCAGCCGCAACAGACCAAUUAUUAGUGGCGAACAAUUGGACAUCGAGGCAUAUGCAGGUCUCUACACAGGAAGAACGAAAAUCACUCGGCUCCUUUUCAUAGCCGAUCACUGCGAUAACCCAACGAUGCAAUUGGAGGCCCUAAGAAUGGCGUAUGAAGAGAUCAAGAAAGGCGAGAACACACAGCUGUUUCGUGAAGUUGUGCAAAAAAUUGAUGGCAGACUUGGCCCUAAUUAUUCUAUGGAUAACACGUGGUGUGACACGGUGGAUCGCAGAGCUGAACAACGUAAAGAGAGGCUCGAGAACGAGCUCAAUGCUUAUAGGACAAAUUUGAUAAAAGAAAGUAUAAGAAUGGGAUACAACGAUUUUGGAGAUUUCUAUUAUGCACAUGGUGCUCUUGGUGAAGCUUUCAAAAGUUAUGUUCGUACUCGUGAUUAUUGUACUACAUCAAAGCAUAUUAUUCAUAUGUGUAUGAGUGCUAUUCUUGUUAGCAUCGAGAUGGGUCAAUUUACUCAUGUUACAAGCUAUGUUAGCAAAGCGGAGCAAACUCCUGAGGCUCUUGAUCCUAUUACUGUUGCUAAACUGCGUUGUGCUGCUGGUUUAGCUCAUCUGGAGGCUAGAAAGUAUAAGCUUGCUGCUCGCAAGUUCCUUGAAGUAGCUCCUGAACUGGGAAAUUCUUACACUGAAGUGAUUGCACCUCAAGAUGUUGCAACAUAUGGAGGACUGUGUGCUCUUGCAAGUUUUGAACGGACAGAGCUUAAGAACAAAGUUAUAGACAAUCUGAACUUCCGCAAUUUCUUGGAGUUGGUACCUGAAGUGAGAGAGCUUAUUCAUGAUUUUUACUCAAGCCAUUAUGCUUCAUGUCUGGAUUACUUGGGAAAUCUCAAAGCAAACCUAUUGCUUGACAUCCAUUUGCAUGACCAUGUUGAGACAUUGUACGAUCAAAUCCGUAACAAAGCUCUCAUUCAGUAUACACACCCAUUUGUGUCUGUUGAUUUGCACAUGAUGGCAAAUGCUUUUAAAACAAGUGUUGCAGGGCUAGAGAAAGAGCUUGAAGCCUUGAUUACUGACAAUCAAAUACAGGCACGGAUUGAUUCCCACAAUAAAAUUCUGUAUGCUCGACAUGCAGAUCAAAGGAAUGCCACUUUUCAACGAGUUCUACAAACUGGCAACGAGUUUGAUAGGGAUGUUCGAGCGAUGCUGCUGAGGGCAAAUCUUAUCAAGCAUGAAUAUAAUCUCAGGGCAUCCAGGAAACUUUGAGUUUCUAAUUUAUCUUGGAGCCUGGAAUGAUGAAGCGUGGCCAGCGUUGUUUUGAAUAGGUUUCUGGAGCUAUCCAAGAUGAUAGAGUGCAUCAUAAGGUGUAUAGGAACUUAGAAUUUUUUGAGCUGAGAUGAUGAACCAUGGCCAACAUAUCUCGUUUAGGUUCGUGAGCUGUCCGUGGCGGUAGAUUUUGAGGAUUGCAGGACGCAUGCAUGUGUAACAAUUGCAAGUAUGCGAUGGUGGUUGUUUUUGUAUAUACUUGGAUUUAUUUUGUCAACGUCAAUUUGAACUAUAACCCUUCGCCGUUUAUUGAAGUGCUAUAUAUGACUGACUUCCAAAUUUUGUGA